AUGAGAGAAUUUAAUGAAAUCGAAACAGAUAUUUAUACUUAUGCGCAAGAAAAAUUCACCACAAAUUCACCAUCAUUUCGGAUACAUCGAAGUAAACGACAAAUAACAUCACCAGGACGAUGCAAUUGUAUUUCACAAAACACGUGCCCUCCAGGGCCGCCAGGACCACCUGGGAUACCAGGCUCAGAUGGUACACCUGGACGACCAGGGUUGCCUGGCGCACCUGGCAUACCUGGAAACUACCCACCAGUGGCAAUAAACUUAGAUGCGAACUGUCGUAUAUGUCCAGGCGGUAGCCCAGGAUUUCCAGGAUCACCCGGAUUGCCUGGACAAGCAGGAGAGCUAGGACCACCAGGCCCACCUGGGCCCAGAGGAGAGCCUGGAUUCCCUGGACCACAAGGUCAACCAGGACCAGCCGGAGAAAUGGGAAGUGCUGGUAAGAAUGGUCCACCAGGCCCACCAGGCCGAGGAGGAUUUCAAGGAGGAAAAGGUGAACCAGGAACACCAGGCCAAAAAGGUCCUCUCGGUCCACCAGGAAUUCCAGGUCAAAACGGCAAUGAUGGAAACCAAGGAUUUAGUGGUCCACAAGGGCCACCCGGACCACCAGGUGAGCCUGGCGCUCCAGGCCCCGAUGGCGUCCCUGGUCCGAUCGGACCAUCUGGAGGACCCGGUGAAGAUGCUUCGUAUUGCCCCUGCCCACCUCGAAAGAAUGUCGAUUCGUCAUAA